UCCGUAAGUGGGAGGGGGUAGCGACAAUGGCCCAGGCAAGAGACCUGCCAAAGCGAAGGACUGGCAUGGGUGAGCACCAGGUGCAGAUCAGCUCCGAGGGGCCUCGUGCGGCCCCCUGAGGACAUGUGAGCCUGUCCUGUACGCUGCUCAGGCUCACCUGUCUCCAUGGGACACACACGAGUCCCUUUGUGCUCGUGAGAAGGGACGCAGUAGCUGUGUGGUCCCAGUUUCCUCAGUGGCGACCUCUCGUGCCACUGGCGGGUGUCCCACCAAGAUACUGACAGGGAUGGGAGUCCCCAAGUAGGACGGCUCAUCGGCACAAGGACCCCUGUGCCCUCUACACCUGCACGUCCCUCUUGCUAGCUGCCACCCGUUUUCUCCAUUUCUCCCCUGACCUCAGAGCUUCUAUAGAGGAGUCUGACUGCGUAGCCCUCGGGUGGGAUCUGCGCCAGUUCCUUCCGGGCAGCGCUCAUGCAGGUGCUCCGGUCUGGCCCUUCCCUGCCCCUGCGGUUGGAUGGCUCAGCCCCAUUCCCGAGGAUGGUACAAACCCCAGUUCUCGGAUGAAGACCCAGGAGUGUGGCUGGCACUGUGCCGGCCUACGCUCCCACCAGCAGAGUGAGGAGCCCUUUUGUUCUUUGUGUCCUUGCCAUGUGGUGGUGUCCUAGAUGGCUUGGAUUCUAGAAGAUGGGGCAUCUUCCCUGUCGCUCGUGCUGGGGAGCACUAAAUUCUGGCCAUCGGGGGGAUGUGCGUCAGGCCUCUGCCAUCUUGGUGUUCCCACAGCGACCAGUGCAUGUCCUUACUCCCGUUUGUAUCGUCUUUGGAGAAAUAACUGUUCAGCUCUGCGUCUCAUUUUUAAUUACGUGACCUGAGUUGUAAGAGGAUGUUCUAGAAACCAGUCACUUACCGGAUGAAGGAUUUGCAAAUGCUUCCUCCCAUUUUGUGGGUUUUCACUUCCUUGAUGGUGUCCUUGAACCAACAAAAGGUUUCUAUGAAGGUCACUGUAUCUUUUUUCUUUUGCAUGUGCUUUGUGGGGGUCAUAUCCGAAAAUCCUUUGUUUGGUGAAUCUAGAUCAUGAAAUAACACCCAUCUUCUAAUAAGAAUUUUAUAACUGUGCUCUCAAUACCUUUCAUCUGUUUGGGGUUCGUUUUGUAUUUGGUGUGUGCUUGGUGUCCACUUUGUUCUUUUGCACAUGACUCUCCACUUGUCCCAGCACUGUUACCAGGAGAACAGCUUUCUUCUCGUUGUAUAGUCUUGGCACCUUGGUUGAAACUCCAUUGGCCACAGAUGUCUGGGGUUAUUUCUGGCUCUCAGUAGCCUCUUGUCUCUUGAUUGUUGCUUUGUAGAACGUUCUGAAGUUAGUGUGAGUCCUGAACUACAUGAAAAGGCUUCCGUACAGCAAGGAAAACAGCCAACAAAACUAAAAGCCUGCAGAAUAGGAGGAGAUAUUUGCAAAUAACACAUCCAAUAAAGGGUUAAGAUCUAAAGUAUAUAAAGAACUUAACACACACACACAAACACACAAAACCUUCCAGUUUAAAAAUGGGCAGAAGACAUGUACAGACAUUUCUCCUAAGAAGACAUCCAGAUGGCCAACAGACACAUGAAAAGAUGCUCCACAUCACUCGGCAUCAGGUGAGACACCACCUCACACCUGUCAGAAUGGCUAAAAUUAACACGCAACCAUAGGGGUCCGCAAGGAUGUGGGACCCUCAUACACUGUUGGUGGGAAUUCAGGCUGGUGUAGCCGCUGUAGGCAACAGUAUGGAGUUAACUCAAAAAGUUAAAAAUAGAGCCACCCUACAGCCCAGCAAUUGCACUGCCAGCUAUUUACCCAAAAAAGAUAAAACACAAAUUCAAAGGGAUACCUGUGCCUCUAGGUUUAGAGCAGAGCUUUUGACAGCAGCCAAAUUACGGAAGUGAUCCGAGUGCGCAUUGCCUGAUGAAUGGGUGAACGGGAGGGGAGGGGUGUACACACAUGACACACAACAAUGGGCUGUUUACAGCCAUGAGGGAAAACUUGGCAUUUGCAAUGAUGUGGAUGAUGCUGGAAGGUAGUCCGCUAAGUGGACUAAGAAAGGCACCAUAGGAUUUCACUUGUGUAUGGAAUUUAUGAAACAAAAAGGAAAAAAGGCAAACUAAAAAACAGACUCCUAACUAUAGAGCACAAAUGCAUACCCAAGGGGAGGUGGCCCGGAGGAUGGGGGAGGCAGCCGAGGGGCCGGGGUGCUUGGUGAGCACUGAGUGACCGGAAGUGUUGGCUCACUCCACGCCUGCAGUUCAUACGACCCUACGUUAACCACACCGGAAUUUUAAAGAGGGCCCUGCUUAGGGUUGAUGUUCCCUGGUCCAGCUUCCGACCGGCCCCGAAUCCCCUAGCGUCCAGAGGGGAAUGCUGCAGGAAAGGCGGGGCCGGGCAGCGCGGAAGGAGGGCGAAGCCCAGGUCGGGGAAAGGAGGAAGGCCGCCCCCCGCCCCAGCCGCUCUGCAGUGCUUGGGGCGCACGCGCACGCUCACUCGGGGCUCCGGGCAGGCGGGGCGGCGCUGACGUCAUCCGAUGACCCACCCACCCCCUACCCCCUGGCCGAGGGGCGGUGGCCGCGCAGGCUCCGCCGGACCGACGCACGGACAGACCGGGCACGGAGGGAAGGGCGCACGGUCAGGCCAUGCCCGGGGAGGCUGCCCGCGCCGAGCUGCUGCUGCCGGAGGCGGGCAGGCCCGGGCCCCGCACAGAGUCGUCCUGUGAUGUGGCCGUGGCCACCACCCCAAGAGGGGACCGGCUGGAGCACUGUGCCCUGACCCCUGGACCCAGCACCCUGGCCCUGGAGUUUCUGCCCAGCAAGCCAGGCGCCCGGCCCCCGCCCGAGGGAGCCAGCUGGGAUGCAGGGCCGGGAGGCACCCCCUCGGCCUGGGCAGUCCCCACAGAAGGCAGCCCCAGCCUGGGUUCCCCCGAGGCCCAGCCUGCCAGUGGCCCUCCCCCAACCACCCUGGAGCCCCGGAUCGUGAUGGGUGAGGAGACCCGCCGGGUGUCCCUGCCGUCCAGGGCAGCCCUUCCAGAGCUCAGGGACUGGGAGGGUGGGCACCCCAGCCUGGACCCACCCCCCGAGUUGUGUUCUCAGGGUGACCCUCCUGUGCCUUGCCCUGCACCAGACCUUGACUCCUACUUCACGCCACCCUCCACUCCCACCGAGACCACCUCUGCCCUGCUCCUUGGCCCCGGGCCCCGCAGGGAGGCCCCGGCUGAGCCAGGGGACUCGCCGCCCGCCUCGCCAUCGGGCUCCUACAUCACAGCAGAUGGAGACAGCUGGGCCUCAUCCCCGUCCUGCUCCCUGAGCCUGCUGGCCCCGGCCGAAGGGCUAGAUGUCCCCUCAGGCUGGGGCUUCUCCCCGCCGGGCUCCGUGGCCGAUGAGCAGGAGCUGCCUCCCGCGGGGCCCCCGGGCCCCCCGUCCCCGGAAUCCAGCGUCUCAGCCGACAGCAGCUCUUCCUGGGGCCAAGAGGGCCACUUCUUCGAGCUGGACUUCCUGGCCAACGACCCCAUGGUCCCCGCCGCCCUCCUGCCCUUCCGAGGCAGCCUCAUCGUGCAAGUGGAGGCUGUGGAGGUGACGCCAAGAGCCCCCGAGGAGGAGGAGGAGGUCCCUGUCCCUGGAGGGGACCCAGCCGGGGAGGGCGAGGACGACAGCACGUUCGCCUCCUCCCUGCAGUCCCUGUCUGACCUCUCCAUCACCGAGGGCAUGGACGAGGCCUUCGCCUUCCGGGACGACACCUCGGCGGCCUCAUCCGACCCCGACUCGGCCUCCUAUGCGGGGGCAGACGACGAGAGGCUGUACAGCGAGGAGCCCCAUGCGCAGCCUGCCGCCCUGCUCCAGGACACCCCCGGCGAGCCCGCUCCUACCGUCUCCGCGGGGGUGGCCAGCCCAGCCUCCGAGAGCCGGGAGCCGGGUGCCCGGGUUCCCGAGAUGGGCCAGGCCUCCACUCCUCCCGCAGCACAGGAAACCCCGGGCCUCACUGGGGAGAGCCCCUGGACCUGGGGGGAGGACAUGGGCUCCAUCUCAGGUCUGGUGCCUGCUGCUGCGGUCACGGCUCAGCCCCAAUGGGAGGAUGACGGCGCAGCCUUAGGCCCAGAGUCUUGGACCUCCCCAGAAGAGGGAACCCUCAUUCCAGGCCCAGACUCUCUGCAGAACCUGGAAGGAGAAGCAGGCCAAGGCCCUGAAUCUGAGGCCACACCUCUGUCCCUGCAGGACACCGGCCUCCCCUCAGGCCAGGCGCUGGCCGCCACAGUCAGCCCUGUGCCCCAGCCGGGGGACACGGACAGGACCUUACACCAGGGCCCUGACUGUGAGGCCACACCUGUGUCCCUGCAGGACGCAGCCCUCCCCUCAAGCCAAGGGACUCCUGCCAAGGCCAGGCCUGAGACCCUGUGGGUAGAUGCAGGCUACGUGCCAGGGAUCAACCCUGUGGUCACUGCAGCCCAACAGGGAGGACGAGUGACCUCGGAACUGAGGCCAGCACCUGAGGAAAGGGACACAAGCUGCACGGGAGGCCUGGGGCCUCCAGCCCGGGACCAGGCCCAGCUGGAUGGACUGGAGCCAGCUGCAGACACCGGGGUGCCCUGGACCUCAUGGGGUACCUCCAAGCCUGCCACGGAGGCCCUAGACUCCCCCAAGCCUGCCACAGAGGCCACAGACCCCCUUGAGGCCCUGCAACACCCCAGGCCUGCCACAGAUGCCGUGGAAUGCCCUGGCUCUGACACAGAGGACACAAAUUGCCCCAAGCCUGUCAUGGAGACCACAGAAUGCACAGAGUCUGCCACGGAGGCCACGGAAUGUCCACCAUCUGUCACAGAGGCUACAGAAUGCCUGGAGUCUGGCACAGAGGCCCCGGAACAUUCCAAGCCUUCCAUGGAAGCCUCAGAAUGCCCAGAACAUGCUAUGGAGGCCCCAAAAUGCACCAAGCCUGCCAAUGAGGCCCUGGAACUCCUUGAGCCGACCUCAGAGGCCCCAGAAUACCCUGAGUCUGCCACAGAGGCCCUAGAACAUUCUGAGCCUGCCCUGGAGACCCUGGAACAUUCUGAGCCUGCCACGGAGGUCCUGGAAUGCCCAGACCCUGCCACGGAGGUCCUGGAACAUUCUGAGCCUGCCCCAGAGGCCCCGGAAAGCCCAGAGCCUGCCAUGGAAGCCCCGGAACUCCCAGAGCCUGACACAGGGGCCCCGGAACGCCCAGAGCCUGCCAUGGAAGCCCCAGGAUAUUCUGAGCCUGCCACGGAGACACCAGAAAGCCCAGAGCCUGCCAUGGAGGUCCUAGACCAUUCUGAGCCUGCCCCGGAGGCCCUGGAAUGCCCAGAGCCUGCCAUGGAAGCCCCAGUAUAUUCUGAGCCUGCCACAGAGACCCUGGAAUGCCCAGAACCUGCCAUGGAGGCCCCAGAACAUUCUGAGCCUGGCAUGGAGACCCCAGAAAGCCCAGAGCCUGCCAUGGAGGCCCCAGAAUGCCCACAGCCUGCCAUGGAGGUCCUGGAACAUUCUGAGUCUUCCAUGGAGACCCCGAAACAUUCUGAGUUUGCCAUGGAGGCCCCAGAAGACCCAGAGCCUGCCACGGAGGCCCCAGAAGACCCAGAGCCUGCCACGGAGGCCCCAGAACAUUCUGAGCCUGCCACAGAGACUCUGGAAUGCCCAGAGCCUGCCACAGAGGCCCCAGAACAUUCUGAGUGUGCCACAGAGACUCUGGAAUGCCCAGAGCCUGCCACGGAGGCCCCAGAACAUUCUGAGCCUGCCACGGAGGCCCCAGAACAUUCUGAGCCUGCCACAGAGACUCCAGAAUGCCCAGAGCCUGCCACGGAGGCCCCAGAACAUUCUGAGCCUGCCACGGAGGCCCCAGAACAUUCUGAGCCUGCCACAGAGACUCCAGAAUGCCCAGAGCCUGCCACGGAGGCCCUAGAACUUUCUGUGCCUGCUACGGAAGCCCCAGAAGCUACCACGGAGGCCCAAGAAUGCUCACAGCCUGCUACAGAGGCCCUCAAAUGCCCCAAGCCUGCCACAGAAGCUCCAGGACUUUCUGAGCCUGCCACGGAGGCCCUAGAAUAUUCAGAGCCUGCCACAGGCCCCCCUGGGCCUGCCAUGGAGGCCACAGACCCACCCAAGCUUGCCUCCAUUAGAGAAGAAGUAGCUGAGGGUCUGUUGGCACCUAAGCAGGAAACCUGUGCCAGUGCCUGUGUUUUUGCUGGUGAUGGAGUUGAGCCCCAUUUUCCCCCAAAGGAGGACCCAGGGGGUGAGAAUCAGGGGGCUGGAGGCCUCAGAUCAACACCCCACAGUGCUAGGAAGGCUCCUGGGGAUAGUGGCCCAGAGGUACAUCUUGCUGCUCUCCCCGAGGUCAGUCACACAUGGCCCCAGAACCCAGCAGAGGAGGGAAGAGCCAACCCCGAGCCCAGGUCUUCUGUUGCUGUGGCCUCAGAAGCUGGGCUGGCUUCCUGUUCUGAGUCUCCCCCAAGGUCUGCGGCCAGGCCUGGAAGGGGCUGCCCCGAAGAGCCUGCCCCCACCAUUCCAGCACCUUCUUGGCGGCUGGAACCCGUGCUGGGCCCAGGCAGUGGAGUGAGGGCUCAAGUAGCCCCUGGAAGCCCCAGCUUGUCCCCACCACAAGCCUCCGGAAGCCCUAAUAGGGGUCUGCCCAGCAUGACCCGAGACAGGCCCCUUGGCCCAGAGCCCGCUGCUCCUGGGGUCCCCACAGAGGCAGCCCCAUGCCCCAUGGCACCCCUCAUGCCCUGCCCUUGCCAGGGACCUAGGGAAGACUCGACGGAGGCCAAGGAGCCUCCAGGCUCUCCGGGCCUCCAGCCACCACGUGCAGGAGCCCAGCGGGCAGUGGCUGCCUCCUCAGGAACCACAAAACCUCCUGGGGCUGGGCAUCGAGUCAGCCUCCCACCCCACUCCCCCCUCUUCAGCCCCAAAACGGCCCCCACGGGGGACACCCAUGCCAAAGACCAGGCCUGGCGGAUCUCGACCCCCUGCCAAGUGCCUCCUGGCCCUCAAGGGCUCCCAGCCGCCGAGCAACAGGAUGACCAGGACAGCCUGGAGGAAGACUCGCCCCCAAGGGCUCCAGGAUCCGGCCAGCACUCAGACAGCCACGGGGAGUCAUCGGCCGAGCUGGAGGAGCAGGACCUCUCGGGAGCACAGACGGCACAGUGCCCGACCCAGGUCCCAGCAGGCGGCAGCAGCGAGGAAACAGUGGCCAAAGCCAAGCAGAGUCGCAGUGAGAAGAAGGCCCGAAAGGCAAUGUCCAAGCUGGGCCUACGGCAAAUCCAGGGGGUCACCAGGAUCACUAUCCAGAAAUCCAAGAACAUCCUGUUUGUCAUCGCCAAGCCUGAUGUUUUCAAGAGCCCGGCCUCAGACACCUAUGUGGUCUUCGGCGAGGCCAAGAUCGAGGACCUGUCCCAGCAAGUGCACAGAGCUGCUGCUGAGAAGUUCAAAGUGCCCACAGAGCCGUCCGCCCUGGUCCCCGAGUCUGCACCUGGGCCGCUGGUGAGGUCUGGGUGUGAGGAGGAGGAGGAAGAGGAGGAGGAGGUGGAUGAGGCAGGACUGGAGCUCCGUGACAUUGAGCUAGUGAUGGCGCAGGCCAAUGUGUCGAGGGCCAGGGCCGUGCGGGCCCUGAGGGACAACCAGAGCGACAUCGUCAACGCCAUCAUGGAGCUCACCAUGUAGCCAGGAGCGCCCCGACCGCACGGCUUCGUCCCUGCCCCCGGCUCCACUGUUCAAUAAACAGGUGUCUCCACACGGC